UUAUUUUAGUGAAAUAUGAUCAAUCCGAAAACGACUUUCACGGCGUGUGGAAAAUACGAUGAAUCAAAAUGGCUGAAAGAAAGGAAGGACUUCCAAAAUUACGGGAAAUACUUCGUCGCCAGCGAGAUGACACAGAUAUUAUGAGUACUGGUGAUGAAAAUGACCUAGAUUUCCAGUAUGAUGAUGCUGACACUCUACAGGCAGAAAUUGCUGAGCUUUACAGUUACACUGAAGAAGAAGAAUUCACAGAAAAUAAGGAAUGUUUCGAAGAGAAUUUUACAGCUCAAGGUCACACUACAUGGAGAGCUUUAGAUGAUGAGAACAGAAGGAAGUAUGUAGUAUAUCUACAGAAUGAGCUGGAGGUGGCAGACAGGGUCAGGAGGAUGAAAGCCAUUAGAUCUAUCCUCUAUCUUGUACAAGGAGUGUUUGAUGAGUGCGGAUCAGAGGCACAACAAGCUGAGCUGAUAAAAGCAAAUGUACAUAUUUUGUAUGAGCAAGGGCUAUUCUUCUCCUUUAUAGAGCUACUGUGUAUGGAAGUAGAAAAUCAAGACGCCAUUUCAGCAGCCAUAAGGAAGUCAUCAGUCUCUAUAGAAGACAGUUCAGAUCUCAGGGUUAUUUUAAGUGUACUUUACACAAUGGUAGAGGUCAUGAGAGAAGACCAGGAAAAUGAUACCGAAGAACAAAGAAAAAAUAGAAAGUCAUUCGCUGAAGAAUUAGUGGAGCCAACAUUUGGGCAGGAACUUUUACCAGUCACCUUGUUCGGCAUGGUUACCAAGUUCUGCAGUGGAUCAGCCCCACAUUUUCCUAUGAAGAAGACACUGAUGCUACUCUGGAAAAUCUUUUUAGUUUCAAUGGGAGGCCUCGACAAACUGCAGGAGAUGAAGAAUCAAUACCGAGAACAAGCAGGAUUACCUCCCCUGCCCGAAGAUCCCGGAGAAGUUUGCCGUAACAUGAGGGCCUCGUCUCCGCCUGCAUCUGCUGCAGACCUUAUUGAGCAACAGAUCCCUCAUAGGGGCCUCAGGGCGGGGGCAAAUAAAAGGUUUCUGUCAAUGAGUGAUUUUAAGAGCAGCCUUGAUGAAAAUCCAUUUGAGAAUGGUAACGGAGUAGAGAAUGGUGAAGAUGACAUACUUAAGGAGUUGGAUACAGCAAAAUCAGGUAGCGAUGAUGAACUGCCGCCAACCCCACCUCGACCAUCAACCCCAAGGAUAACACCUCAAAGAACGUUACCAUGGAAACCAAAAGUGAGGACCAAAGAUUUAGAGAUGUUUUUGGAGCACACAAGAGCAAAGUUUGUAGGAUUUCAAGUCAAACAUGAUAAAGAAUCCCUGGCAGGAUUACCUCAACCGAUACAUGAGGGUGUAAAAGUUCUAAAACAGCACCUUUAUGUGUCCCUGUCAGAGCUUCAGGUCAAACGAGAAGAGGAGAUUGCCAAGAACCCAUUGUCUCAGCCAGAAGUUGACGUCCCGAAUACACCAUCUGAAGUGCUGUUUCAGGCUAUUUUACCCAACCUACCACAGUAUAUGAUUGCAUUGCUGAAAAUAUUGUUGGCAGCAGCACCAACCUCAAAAACAAAGACAGAUUCAAUAAAUAUAUUGGCAGACCUCUUGCCUGAAGAAAUGCCAACGACAGUAUUUCAGUCAAUGAAGCUGGGUAUAGAUGUAAACAGACAUAAAGAGAUCAUUGUUAAAGCUAUCUCAGGGCUCAUCCUUCUCAUGCUGAAACAUUUCAAACUCAAUCAUAUAUAUCAGUUUGAGUUUAUGUCUCAGCACCUUGUGUUUGCCAACUGUAUACCACUAGUCUUGAAAUUCUUCAAUCAGAACAUAGUAUCCUAUGUCACUGCCAAAAAUAGUAUACCAGUGUUAGAUUUCCCAAUGUGUGUACUUGGAGAGCAGAAAGAACUCACAGCUGAUGCUUUGGAGAAGGGAGACAAUCAGCCGUUCUGUUGGAGGAAUGUUUACUCAUGUAUAAACUUACUGAGGAUUCUGAAUAAACUGACAAAAUGGAAACAUUCUAGAACUAUGAUGUUGGUUGUGUUUAAAUCUGCGCCUAUCUUGAAGCGAGCAUUGAAGGUGCGUCAUGCAAUGAUGCAGCUGUAUAUACUCAAGCUUCUGAAGAUGCAGACGAAAUACCUGGGUCGACAGUGGCGGAAGUCGAACAUGAAGACAAUGUCCGCUAUCUACCAGAAAGUCCGACAUAGACUUAAUGAUGACUGGGCUUAUGGGAAUGAUAUGGAUGCAAGACCUUGGGACUUUCAGGCAGAAGAAUGCGCUCUACGAGCAUGCGUGGAUAGGUUUAACAAUCGUAGAUAUGGAACCAACGGAGCAGAUCCCGACUUCAAGCCAGUGGAUAAUUGUAUAUUAAGUGUUUUAGGACAGAAGUUAGAUCUUAGUGAAGAAUUCAAACAGAAUUAUGAAAUAUGGUUGGACAUGGAGGUGUUUACAAAUCAAAUAGACUGGGACCAAAUAGUGCAAUAUUAGAAUUAUAUUUUUAGCUCAUCUGAGCCAGAAAUUCAGGGUGAGCUAUGGUGAUCACUCACCGUCCGUCAUCCGUCUGUAAACUUUUACUUUAAACAACAUCUCCUCAUAAACCGCUAGGCAAAUUUCAUCCAAGCUUCAUGGGAAUGUUCCUUGGGUGAAGCUCUACAAAAAUUAUUCAAAGAAUUGAAUUCCAUGCAAAACUCUGGUUGCCAUGGCAACCGAAAGGAAAAACUUUAAAAAUCUUCUCAAAAACCAGAAGCCCUAGAACUUAGAUAUUUGACCUGUAGCAUUGCCUAGUGGACCUCUACUAAAGUUGUUCAAAUCAUGACCCCGCCCAAGGGGUCACUUGAUUUUACAUAGAUUUCUAUAGGAAAAUCUUCAAAAAAAUUUAGAAAAUAAACCAGAAGGGCUAGAGCUUAGCAUUGCUUAAUGGACCUCUACAAAAAAAAUUCAGAUCAUGACCCCCGGGGUCAAAAUUGACCCCACCCCAGGGCUCACUUGAUUUUACAUAGGAAAAUCUUCAAAAAUUUUCUAAAAAUAAACCAGAAGGCCUAGAGCUUAGAUAUUUAACAUGUAGCAUUGCCUAGUUGACCUCUACAAAAUUUGUUCAAAUCAUGACCCCCGGGGGUCAAAAUUGACCCUGCCCCAGGGGUCACUUGAUUUUAAAUAGAAAAAUCUUCAAAAUUUUCUAAAAAUAAACCCGCCCCAGCGGUAACUUUAUUGUACAUUGGAAAAUCUUCAAAAAAAUUUUUAAAAUAAACCAGAAGGCCUAGAGCUUAGAUGUUUGACAUGUAGCAUUGCCCAGUGGACCUCUACAAAAUUUGUUCAAAUCAUGACCCCCGGUGUCAAAUUGGCCCCGCCCCAGGGGUUACUCGAUUUAUCCCCCCACCAAAGGUGAAGGGGAUAUUAGAAAUGCUCUCCGUCCGUCCGUCCGUCCAUGCGUCCGCAACGAUAUUUGUCCGGAGCAUAACUCCAAAAGUACUUGAGGGAUUUUCUUCAAACUUCAUACACUGAUAGAACACAUUGGGAGGAAGUGCAAUGUGCAAGAACAAUAACUCUACCUUGCCUAUUUUUUGAGUUAUUCCCCUUUAUCUUAUUUUCUUAAAAAAAUUUGUCCGGAGCAUAACUCCAAAAGUACUGGAGGGAUUUUUUUCAAACUUCAUACACUGAUAGAACACAUUUGGAGGAAGUGCAGUGUGCAAGAACAAUAACUCUACCUUGCCUAUUUUUUGAGUUAUUCCCCUUUAUCAUAUUUUCUUGAAACAUUUUGUCCGGAGCAUAACCCCAAAAGUACUGGAGGGAUUUUCUUCAAACUUUAUACACUGAUAGAACACAUUUGGAGGAAGUGCAGUGUGCAAGAACAAUAACUCUACCUUGCCUAUUUUUUGAGUUAUUCCCCUUUAUUAUAUUUUCUUAAAGAAAUUUGUCCGGAGCAUAUCUUCUUCAUGCAUGGAGGGAUUUUGAUAUAUCUUGGCACAAAUGUUUACCACCACGAUGCGGAGUGUCAUACGCAAGAACUAGGUCCCUAGGUCUAAGGUCAAGGUCACACUUAGAUGUCAAAGGAUACAAGAAUAAAAACCUUGUCCGGAGCAUUUCUUCUUCAUGCAUUGAGGGAUUUUGAUAUAACUUGGCACAAAUGUUUACCACCACGAGACGGAGUGUCAUGCGCAAGAUCCAGGUCACUAGGCCUAAGGUCAAGGUCACACUUAGAGGCCAAAGGUCAGAUACAAGAAUGACGUUGUCCGAAGCAUUUCUUCUUCAUGCAUGGAGGGAUUUUGAUGUAACUUGGCACAAUUAUACACCAUCAUGAGACGAAGUGUCAUGCGCAGUUCCCUUCUUUAGAAUUACUUCAUUUUGUUGUUACUUUAAAUAGCUUUUAUUGUAACUUUUUCAUUACUAGUCGUAGGGAAAAAUCGAGACCACUUUUCUGUAGUACAACAAACAUGCUAAAUCCAAUUUUGAGGUGUAUUUUGACCAGUCUCUUCCUGAUAAAGAUUUUUGUGUGGACUUGCAAUUUUUUUUUUUUUUUUUUUUUUUUUAAGAUUAACUUCCCUUAGUUGUUACUAUAAAUAACUUAUAUUGUAACAUUUUUAUAAUUGACCCUAGGGAAAAAACAAGACCACUUUUCUGUGGUACAGCAUAGAUGUUACUCUCCAGUUUUAGGUGUAUUUUAUUAAUUUUAUUAUAUAUAAGGUAUCUCUACCUAGUAAGGAGUUUUUUUGUGGACUUUAAAAAACAAAAGACUUACAAUGAUUACUAAACAACUACAAAAUUAACAUUCCAUUUGCAAAUACAGCUGCUAGAGUAAAGAAAUUUGCUUUGAUGGGCAUAUAUUGUGACAUUCUGGUACUCUUGUUCCCUGUUAGCUUUCCAUUCCUUCUUUUUACAGUAGCCAUAUAGAAAAACAUCAUAGUUAUACUCUUCAUGAAAAUUAAUAAAAUUUAGCAGUAAACCACCUCACUACUGACUUAUUCUUUCUUCCACAUCUUAAAACCCCUGAUGCGGACCACAUCCUUCAAUUAUGAUAUGCCCGGUGGGGGGAUUAGCCAUGUCUGACAUGGCUCUUGUUGUAUAUAGGAAAAUCUUCCAAAAAAUGCCUAGAAAUAAACUAGUUUGUUUUUUAAGAUAGAGCCUUGAAAUUUGGAUGACAAAUACAGUUUUGCACACUAGUCUGAAAACUGACUUUCAUUGACCGUGAAUAUGACCUGCUGACCUACUUUCUUAAUAUUUUAGCAUCAGUUUGAUAUUUGAAACACUUAGCUCAUAUUACUCAGGUGAGCGAUCCAGGGUCAUCAUGACCCUCUUGUUGUUGAAUAAAUAUAGUACCAGUCACUGCAUAAUUCAGGCUAUUAUAUUGAGCCAUGAUGAAUGAAACACUAUGUCAUCUAUGAGUUUAAGUAAAAAUGCUUGUUCAAAUGAACAUGUCUAGAUAUGUACUGCCAAGCAAAAAAGGGAUAACAUGGUUUAGGUAGCAAACCUCUUUUUUUCCUGUUCCUAAACGUUGACACGAACAUAAGAAGUGUACUAAGAACAAGCUGAAAUAGGAGAGAUGUUAGUUUCAGUUGACUGACAAGAACCACAUAAAUGGUAACAAUACACAUAAAUGAACAUUGUCCUGCCCCCAAAUUACUGGGAAAACGUGGAUAAAAAAAGUAGUCCCUACCUACCAACUCUAUUUUGUUUCUUAUGGGGACAGACAUUUGUUUUCCUUGGCUGGAACAUGAAAUAUAAGUUUCUAAUUGAAUGCAUGCAAAAUGAGAUAUAUUUACAUGUUAAAGUGACUGAUACAAUAGUGGUAUAUAACUGGUAGAAUAGAUCUGAAUAUUUCAUUAUCGAAUUGAAUAUAGUGAACCUGACUAACCUCAACUCUAGGGGUGCUAUCCAAUAGAAAAGUUGAUACAAUACUUAUUCAAGCCUCACAUGUGGCGUUGAAUUCUUCAUGUGUGGAAGCCAUCCAGCAUCCGGCUGGCUUAUGGAAGGUCGUUGGAUCUACCAGUGUGCCCGCCUAUGAUGAAAUAAUGCAUAGAUGGGUAGCUGGGUUCUUCUUCCAUCAUUAAAGCUGGAAAGUCGCCAUAUGACCUUCUGUUGUGUCAGUGCAACGUUAAACCCAUUCAAAGAAAAAAUGAAGAGCUAUCUAUAAAUAAAUAAUGUAAGCAACUGGAAAUAUCUAGUUGUGUCACUGUGCAUCUUUAAACUGUCAGCAGUAAUUUCAUAUCUGGAAAAUUAGUAGAUAUCUUAAUUUAUUGCUUUUCUUUAAUAGUUAACAGCGUAAGUAUUCACCAGAUAAGCGAAUGAAUUUUUGAUGAACAGCCCUCCAUACUAACACCUUUCAAACGUUCUGCUUGUCGGCAGGUGUCUUUGAACUUAGCUGUCAGAUAUGCAGUGACUGUUAAAGGAUAUUACGUUGGCCACAGGUUACAGAAGUAUACUUUCUGUUAAUUUCACUGAAUACUUCAGUGUAAAAAUGAAAAAGUGUAAGUUUGUUUUGCGUUUAAGGGGGGACUGUGAAUGUGUCAAUACUCGAAGAAAGUCAUUUUAUAUUGAUAUGCCAGUUUAUUGACCCAGCCCUACUCGAGUCAGUUCUAAUCUUUGGGCUUCAGAGUUGAAGACGUGAAUUCUUGAAAAGUCAACAAUUUCAUUUUUUUAUCACAUGAUUGACCUCGUGGGAGUGAAAUAAAGCCAUUACCGGUACAUAAAUUUGGUAUUACACUAGUGUAACAAAGCUUUGAUGUUGACGUCGUUUUAAGUACAGGAGACGUUGGGUGAAGAAAGAAAAAAAAAUUGGUGUUUCAGCAUGUGAUCAAAAGAAUAUUACAUUUGAGUCUUUCCACGUUGAGUUUAUUAAACUCGUUUAAUAGAAUUGAUAAAAUGCUCAGUUUUAUCAUUUUAUUCAACUUGUGUAAUAAUUUCAGUAUGAAAAGACACUCAUGUAAUAUUCUCUAUUUAUUUCAUGGUUUUUAGAAAAAUGAAGUUAUUAAAGUAGUUCUGUACAUUUGAAAUAAAAUAUAGUUCUUUAAUAUAGAAUUUUAUUCAACCAUUUUUUUUUCAUAGCAUCAUUGUAUCCAAAUGAAAUGUAGCUAAUGAGAAAGGCAGGAUUAUGUGCUCGAUUUUUAGCUCACCUGUCACAAAGUGACAAGGUGAGCUUUUGUGAUCGCGCGGUGUCCGUCGUUCGU